AUGGACGAAAACGCAAGCGACGGGUGUUUCUCCAUUGGCAAAGGCUCGGUACGCCACAAACGUGGCCACGGCCAUGUACUGGAAGUGGCGUGUGAGGUCCAUAAAAAGAAUGAAACAGAAAAGAAAGGGAAACAAAAAAGAAGAAGGGAAACCCCGGACUGGAUGAACCAAGAAGCAGAAGGACUGACCAGGUGUCUAGGGCAUCUUGAACGAUGCUGCGACAUUGCGCGCGCAAAAUGUCUCUACUCAAGAUCCCCACAAACCAGACGCUCUUUCUCCAUGAGCGACCUACAGAGAAAAAUCUUUGGCCGGAGCAAGUCGGCGGCUUUCGGAAUGGAGCCCGUGGCAGAAAACCCGGCUGCUCAGAAAAGCCCGCAGCCCCUGUCGCCUGCUGGGGAACCGUCCCAGGAAGAUGAGGAUCUUGCCUCCUGCUUCCGCCGAGAAAGGGACUACUUCUUCACCAAUCAGGACACUUACCUGUUUGGCGGCGCUUCUUUCCAGACUUACUUCAUGCCUCCUUCGACUCCGGGAGGCACUGUUUUGGUGUGUCACCACGGCGCCGGCUCGUCUGCCAUGACGUUUUAUGCGCUAGCCAAGAGUCUCGUGGAGGAAUGCGAGACAAAAGAGUCCGUGGGCGUUUUUGCCUUUGAUGCCCGCGGCCACGGCGACUCUUCUGUCCCGGUGCCGGCAGAGUACUCGUUGGACUCGUUCACGCAAGAUUUUGCUCUCAUUUUGGACGAGUUUGCCAAACGAAACGGCCGCCACUUGAUAUAUUUGGUGGGCCACUCUUUGGGCGGGGCUGUUCUCACCAACUACAUUCUUCGCCGCGUCUCGAACUCCCACAGCAUUAAGGGGCUUGUUGUUCUCGACAUUGUGGAGGAGACUGCCAUACGGGCACUUUCGUCCGUACCUCUGUUCUUAAACAAGCGUCCACAGUCUUUUGCACAUUACGCAGACGCCAUUCAGUGGCAUUUUCUGUUGCGUCUUCUAUUAAAUGAAAAUUCCGCUCGUGUAAGCGUGAUAGACCUCCUCCGCCGGAACCUGGACGGUUCUCUAACGUGGAAAGCCGACUUGGGAAGUAUGAGUGAGUUUUGGGACAGCUGGUUUGUCAAUCUCUCCGACAACUUCAUAAAUUGCGGCAAAAAGUCCGGAAAUAAAGUGGCCAAGCUCCUUAUCCUUUCAGGAAAUGAUAACUUGGACAAGGAACUCAUCAUCGGACAGAUGCAAGGUAAAUACCAACUCAUUGUGUUCAACAAUACCGCAACGGGCCAUUUUGUACACGAAGAUGUUCCGAAGCAGACUGCAAUCACCAUCAUGGAUUUCGUCCGUCGCAAUAGUCCGGUGACCAUUACUGGAAAAGGAUCUCCAAUCGAAACCCGUUGGGGUGGAAAGGUAAACCAAUAA